ACAGUUGGGCCCUGAGGAACUCUGCUGCCCUGAUUUCAUUAUUUGACCUCUCUAAUUACUGAGGUGGCUUAACCUAAUGAGAUAGAGGCGGAUAGGGUGUUUGUUAGGGAGCAGUCUCCACCCUCUACCAUCCGUUACCAUCUGUUGAGGAUCCUGAAGAGGCGAGGACUCAGGUUUGGAGAGCUCAGUCCGUCCCCAGAGGUCUACUCGCAUGGUCGCCUAAAAGACAGAAGAAUAGCUGUUCUCCCAAUCGUCUGCCCUCCACUCCAAUAGGGCAAGAUGGCGCGGGAUAUGUCCGAUAAGGACAUCCUGAAAAUGGAGAUUGAUCAGCUUCAGAAAGAGGUGAAGACCGCAAGAGAACCAGUAUCUAAAACAGCGAAGGAGCUGUGUGAUUUUGUUGAAACUCAGUCAGCUGAAGAUCCUCUCAUUAAAGGAGUGCCUGAAGAUAAGAACCCGUUUAAGGAGAAGGGUGGCUGUAUAAUAACCUAGCACAGGCUGUGCUCUGGCUCUCUGUAUAAUAUCACACAAUAUGGGGACUUUUUUUUUUGCAUUAACCUUUUUACACAAAGACCCCAAAGUCUGCUCCAGCUGCGAUCAUCUCCCCCCGGCUCCAGUCAGUCAGAGGAACAGCCGUUCCUACAGCUCUGUUAUACACUGUUGUAUACUGUGUAAGGCCACCUCAGAGAAGUAGAAUGUAAAUAAAAGUAUGAAUGCUGUAAUAAAGUAGCCUGACUCAG